GCCAGAGCUGUCCCAUCACUGAUCCACCCGGGGAUUUGUCGCUUUCGCACUUGGGGACUUGCCUUGUAUUUGCAGCGCUGCUUCGCUUCCCAUUGAUGGUUUGUGGAGAGCAUGAAGAGAACGGAAGGAUCUAAGGAUUUGCCGACCUAAAUGGAACCCCCCACACCCACGGCGGCUCUUUCUCUAGUCGGCGGACGCUGCUGAUCUGUAUGGAUUAUUAUAACUUGGUGACCCGCCUGCGCCGCUUCUAGUUGCCCCUGAGUUCGGGAUCCCUCGGCUUGUGCUGCUGCCCCAGGUGUACCCCCUCUCCUGCCUGCUGUAGGAUACCGAUGGCCUCUGUUCCCCCCUGUGCGGGGGAGAGGGGCUUUACACAUCUCCCCCCGGGUUACAAAAGCAAACAGCCGGCUCCCAGCUCGGAUCUGCUGAGGAGACCUAGCUAUUGCCAUGCCGCCUUUGCACUCAAGCAGAUCGCUAAGGGUAAAGCUGUUGGCCAAAAGGCUCCUCUCUGGCUACGAGCUCAGUUCCAAGCUUUGCUUUUCUCCCUGGGCUGUUCCAUCCAAAGACACUGCGGGAAGGUCUUGUUCAUUGGAUUGCUGGUGUUUGGGGCUCUUGCUGUGGGCCUUCGUGUGGCCUCCAUUGAGACUGAUAUCGAAAGGUUAUGGGUGGAAGCUGGAAGCAGAGUGAGCCAUGAGCUUCGCUACACUAAGGAGAAAUUGGGAGAAGAAUCUGUAUAUACUUCACAAAUGCUGAUCCAGACACCUAAAAGGGAAGGAGAAAAUAUACUGACCCAUGAAGCCUUGCUUCUUCAUCUGAGAGCAGCUCUUGCGGCCAGUAAGGUGCAAGUGUCUAUGUAUGGAAAAUCUUGGGACCUGAAUAAAAUCUGUUAUAAAUCUGGAGUUCCAAUUAUUGAAAAUGGCAUGAUUGAGAGGAUGAUUGAGAAACUUUUCCCGUGUGUAAUAAUUACACCUCUGGACUGUUUUUGGGAAGGAUCCCAGCUUCAAGGUGGCUCUGCAUAUCUACCAGGAAGAGCUGACAUUCAAUGGACCAACCUAGACCCCAUCCGGUUAAUGGAGGAGCUUGGUCAGUUCACCAGCCUUGAUGGCUUCAAGGAAAUGCUGGACAAAGCUGAAGUAGGACAGGCAUAUAUGGAACGACCUUGCCUGGACCCCACAGACAGUGAUUGCCCUGAAAGUUCUCCUAACAAGAAGACAAAGAAGAACCCUGAUAUUGUUUCUACACUUCGUGGUGGCUGUUAUGGAUUUUCCAAGAAAUUUAUGUAUUGGCAGAAAGAACUGAUUUUGGGGGGAAUGUUGAAAGGGCCAAAUGGUGAACUCAAAAGUGCUGAAGCUCUGCAGACAAUGUACCUCUUAAUGAGCCCAGGACAGCUUUUUGAACACUUCAAAGAUGAUUAUGAGAUUCAUGACAUUAACUGGAAUGAGGAGAAAGCAGCAGCCAUCUUGGAAUCCUGGCAAAGAAAGUUUGUAGAGCAAGCACAACAGUCCGUCCCACAGAACUCAUCCCAGGACAUCCAUGCUUUUUCUACCACCACACUUAAUGACAUCAUGAAGUCCUUCUCUGACGUCAGUGCCAUCCGCGUGGCUGGGGGAUACCUCCUUAUGCUGGCUUAUGCCUGUGUCACUUUGCUGCGUUGGGACUGUUCCAAAUCCCAAGGAGCGGUCGGCUUAGCUGGUGUACUUCUUGUGGCUCUCUCUGUAGCCUCAGGUCUUGGACUCUGCUCUCUCCUGGGCAUCUCCUUCAAUGCUGCUACUACACAGGUCCUUCCAUUUUUGGCCUUGGGCAUUGGAGUAGAUGAUAUGUUCCUCCUGGCACAUGCAUUCACUGAGACCAGCCGGAGUACCCCCUUCAAGGAUCGGACAGGUGAAUGCUUGAGACGUACAGGUACUAGCGUGACCCUAACAUCGAUCAACAACAUGAUUGCAUUCUUCAUGGCAGCACUUGUGCCUAUCCCUGCCUUACGGGCAUUCUCUCUGCAGGCAGCAGUGAUAGUUGUCUUCAACUUUGCAAUGGUCCUAUUAAUAUUUCCUGCCAUACUGAGCCUGGACCUUCAAAGGAGGGAGGACCAAAGGUUGGACAUCCUCUGUUGCUUUUACAGCCCUUGCUCUUCCAGAGUGAUUCAGAUCCAACCCCAGGAGUUUUCUGAUGCAAAUGACAAUCAUACUUACCAUCCCUCCUCAUAUGGAAACCCAACCAUCACCACUAGCACACAGAUCACUACCACAGUGCAAGCUUUUACACAGUGUGACCCAUCUGGACAUCAUAUUGUCACCAUCUUACCCCCUACUUCACAGAUUUCUACGUCACCCUCAGUCAUUGUGCCUACUAUGGACCCUCUUGGGUCCCAAAUUUUCACCCCAUCUAGCUCAACUCGGGAUUUGUUGGCCCAACUAGAUGAAAGCAAAGAAAAGAGGGAGUGUGUUCCCCUGCCAUUCCUAAAAUGGAGCCUCUCUGAUUUUGCCCGGGAAAAAUAUGCCCCUGUGUUGCUCAAAGCAGAAACCAAGGGAAUUGUUGUGACUCUAUUCAUGGCUCUUCUGGGUCUUGGGCUGUAUGGGACCACCAUGGUCCAUGAUGGAUUGUACCUAACAGACAUUGUGCCACGUGAAACCAAGGAAUACAACUUCAUCUCUGCCCAGUUCAAGUAUUUCUCCUUCUAUAACAUGUUUAUUGUAACCAAGGAUGGAUUUGAUUACCCCAAAGCCCAGGAAUCUCUUUAUGAUCUUCAUGAAGCAUUUGGCUCUGUCAAAUAUGUAGUGCGUGAAGAAGGAAGAGACCUGCCCAAAAUGUGGCUCCAUUACUUUCAGGACUGGCUUAGAGGCCUUCAGACUUCCUUUGACAUGGAUUGGGAAUCAGGAUAUAUAACACAGGACAGUUACAGAAAUGGAACUGAAGAUGGUGUUCUGGCCUAUAAGCUCCUCAUUCAAACUGGAAAUAAGAAGGAACCCUUCAACUUCAAUCAGUUGACAAGCCGACGAUUGGUGGAUGAGAAGGGGCUGAUACCACAGGAUGCGUUCUAUAUCUACUUGACUGUUUGGGUCAGCAAUGAUCCACUGGGCUAUGCAGCUUCACAGGCCAACUUCUACCCACAGCCUCCAGAGUGGAUACAUGACCGAUAUGACACCACUGGGGAGAAUCUCAGAAUCCCAGCUACCGAGCCCAUUGAAUUUGCUCAGUUCCCAUUUUACUUGAAUGGCCUUCGGCAAACAUCAGACUUUGUUGAGGCCAUUGAGAGCGUGCGUUCUGUUUGUGAGGAGUUUGUCAAACAGGGUGUUCACAGCUACCCUAGCGGUUAUCCCUUCCUCUUCUGGGAGCAAUACAUCGGGCUCCGCCACUGGUUCCUCCUGGCUAUCAGCAUUGUCUUGGCUUGCACCUUUCUGGUGUGUGCAAUUCUUCUUCUGAAUCCCUGGACUGCAGGCAUCAUUGUUUUCAUAUUGGCCAUGAUGACAGUCGAGCUUUUUGGGAUCAUGGGAUUGAUCGGUAUUAAACUGAGUGCCAUUCCAGUGGUUAUUCUCAUUGCUUCAGUUGGGAUUGGAGUUGAAUUCACUGUGCAUGUGGCCCUGGGCUUCCUCACUGCUAUUGGAGACCGAAACCAGCGUUCAGUACUGGCUCUGGAACAUAUGUUUGCUCCAGUCCUGGAUGGGGCCAUUUCCACUCUUUUAGGAGUGCUUAUGCUUGCAGGAUCUGAAUUCGAUUUCAUUCUGAGGUACUUCUUUGCUGUCCUGACAAUUCUGACAAUUUUGGGCCUACUCAAUGGACUUGUUCUCCUUCCAGUGCUGCUUUCAUUAAUUGGACCCCCUGCUGAAGUUACCCCAGCUGAUAACAGUAGCCGAUUGCCUACUCCCACACCUGAACCUCUUCCACCACCUCUUAGCCACCAUGCCUUCUAUAUGAACCAUAAAGGAUUUAGUGAUCCUGAAGAUUCUUCAGAGUACUACUCUGAGACCACAACCACAUCAGGAAUAGAGGAAGAUGACCCCCAGCUAUAUGAACGCAGCGCUUACAUUAUACCCCCCAAACCACCACACAUCAUCCUGGAAGCCAGCAAGGAUCCCAGUUAUCCCAAAAUAAUGUUGGUGAAGCCUUGCAAGGGAAACCAGGAUAUCAAUAACAGAGAGGCACUUCCUGGUAAAGACAUGUCACGUAGAACCUGCCAAGAGCAGAAGGACAUUAAGGAGCCCAGUGGAUCAAGGAUGAGACAACAGUUGCCCACAUCAUCUGGGCCGACAAGGACUAACCAGCCCCAGAAUUCUCGGGCUCAGCACAAUACAAGGCCUCAAGGCCACAGGACUGCACCUCCAGCAUACUGUGCGAAAAUGCCAGGACACAAUGGUUCCAUUACUACAGUAACAGCUACAGCUUCUGUAACUGUUGCUGUACACCCAAGCCUGCCUGGAACUGCACAUGGCUACAGUCACGAGGGCUUUGAGGACAGUGAUAUAGACUGCAUGGCAAUCAGGCCAGAGUGGGCAAAACGUAGAGUCAAACACCCAGAAGUCUUCGAAUUGGAAGAUCUGGAACAAGAUAGAAGACAGGAUGACGCGUCUGUUCGACAUUAGUGUCAAUCUCAAGAGCCAGCUGUGGAACAGAACGAGUUAAAUCUAUAAGCUAUGUCCUUGUGUAGAAUCUUCAAAGAAAGCCAUCUAAAAAGAAGAAAAAAAAAACUAAUUGUAAUAAUGUUUAUAAUGCAAAGAAAAUCUAUGUAUUAGAGACUUUCUUUUUGACUAUAUUUUGUUAUAAAAAUUCACAC